UGGCCCAGGAUCGUGCCAGAGAGUGCAAGGUGGCUAUCGAGCCGUGGAAGGUAUUGGGAGGCAGGACAGAUACUGAGAAGGAUUGCAAAGGUCAAUGGGAAGACCUGCCCCGAGGAUGUGGAGGAACGACUCCGACUGGAUGACCAUAACCAUGGACCUAGCUAUGGCUUCAUCUCUCUCUUCAUUCCUCCAAGGACGCGGCUUCGUAUCAUCAUCAUCAUCUACAUGUGGUCAGUGCUGCACAUGACAUACCAUGGGCUGCAUAUCAACAUCAACAGCCUGGGGGGGAAUGACUUUCUCAACUACCUGAUCUUUGGAGCAAUUGAGUUUCCUGCAUACCUGAUGGCAUGGGGCAGUGGAAGAUGGUGUGGCUGGCGGUGGUCCCAAGCUUUCUGCUUUCUCCUUGGUGGGGGAGCUCUGCUCCUUGUGCCUGCUAUGCCUCCAGGGGAAUACACAACUGUUGUGGUGCUGUCAGUGAUAGGAAAAUUUGGGAUCUCAGCAAGUUACAUGAUCAUCUACAUCCAGGCAUCAGAACUGUUUCCAACUGGAAUGCGGUCAACAGCCAUUGGACUGGCCAGCAUCGCUGGGAAUCUGGCAUACAUCAUCAUUCCUUAUGUUGUUGCCCUGGGGAGGCACAAGCAGAGCAUUCCAUAUGUAGUAUUUGGAACAGCUGCUGUGGUUGCAUCAGUGGUGUCCACAUUUCUACCUGAAAGUUCCCAUGAGGCCCUUCCACAGACCAUCACAGACUCAGAAGCAUUUGGAAAGAAACAGAAGUUUUUUGCCUGGAAUCUCACUCCAUGGCAUGAGAAAACCACUCAUGUCGAUGAUGGUAGUAUUCAACUCAACUAGGUCAAGG